AUGGCCAUCGCUGAGCAUGAAAGUAAGGUCCAGCGCAACGGCCUUACAGAUUCUUAUAACGACAAGAGGAAUGGCACAUCUGAAAAACACGGAAUUCGAUGGGCGCCUCUAAACGUCGGUCUCGAAAGACGCCUACAGACCUUCGUUGUCCUCUACCAUACAUUGACGAUGGCAAUAUGCCUGACCCUAUUCUUCUUCGUCUGCGCAAUGCCCUUAUUCUGGCCUUUACUUGUCCCCUACCUUGUUUAUAUUCUCUUUUCCAACGCGGCGACAUCCGGAACCCUACGACGCAGACAGUGGCUUCGCGGCUCCCGAGCCUGGAAACUAUACGCUUCAUACUUCCCCGCCAAAUUACAUCGUACAGCAGAACUGCCGUCUACUCGAAAAUAUAUCUUCGGAUACCAUCCGCAUGGCAUAAUUUCUCACGGUGCUUUUGCCGCUUUUGCUACGGAAGCUCUCGGUUUCUCGAAUUUGUUUCCGGGGAUCACGAAUACUCUACUCACUUUGGAUUCAAAUUUCAGAAUACCAUUUUAUAGGGAAUAUGCCAUGAGUAUGGGACUAGCUAGUGUAUCGCGUGAAUCAUGCGAGAAUCUAUUGACCAAAGGUGGCACCAACGGUGAAGGAAUGGGGCGAGCAAUUACAAUUGUUGUCGGGGGUGCGCGCGAAUCACUGGAUGCGCAACCGGGCAGUCUUCGACUUAUUCUAAACAGUCGCAAGGGCUUCGUGAAGUUGGCUGCUCGUACGGGCGCUGAUUUGGUCCCCGUUCUCGGGUUCGGUGAGAACGAUUUAUAUGAACAAGUCGACUCGGAACAGCAUCCUUUUAUCCAUAAGAUUCAGAUCCUUAUCAAGAAAUUUAUGGGGUUCACUGUACCGUUGUUUCAUGCGCGGGGUGUUUUCAAUUAUGACGUUGGCCUAAUGCCCUAUCGGAGACCGCUCAAUGUUGUUGUUGGAAGACCCAUCGAAGUCAUCAAGCAACGCCACCAGGACAAGGUUGACGAGGACUAUAUCAAUGAAUUACAUAGCAGAUAUGUCCAGGAACUGAACCGACUAUGGGAUGAGUGGAAGGAUGUAUACGCAACUAACCGGACUUCUGAGCUCGAGAUUGUUGCAUAA